CAGUGGUGGACAUGGCGCCAGAUUCUUGCGCGCUGCUGCUACUCUGGUCCCAGCCGCAAAUCUUUGGAUUCCAGCUCGCGAUCCUGGUCUAGGGUUUUCCCCCGGGGAAGCAAUGCAGGUAGAUGGCAAGAGGGUCUAGAUUGGCUUCUUCCAUGGAAGCCCAAGGGGAAGAUCACCAAGUUAAUGGCGACGCAGACUCUUCACAGCAGCAAGGCUCUUCUUCCUUGUCUCCAUUUUCCACGCUCAAGAGAGCUUACGAUAAGAUCUACGACAAGUACGAGAGAGACAAGGCCAGGAGGAUCGAGAAUGCUGAGAAGUUGUUUGAAGAGCACAAGUUACGCACUGCUGCUUACUCGAAAGCUACGGAGUCGCUAGUAGAGACACUCCGCGAAGAGAACGAAAUGCUCCGGCACCUAGUAAAAGAGUCUCAAGUCGAAGAGACAAUGGUAAGGUUGAAAGAGCUGGAGAAAGAGAAUGCACUAUACCGGAACCAGCUUCUCAUGGCUCAAGCGAGGGACUGUCAUUCUGACAGGACGAGAGAAGAUCGCUACAAGUUUCUCCAAAGACUGUUCCAGCUCUUGAGUGACAUGCAAAUAACCGAAGUAGAGGAUGACAAUUCAGCGGCGUUUGUUUUCCUCCAUCAAUCCACAGGUCUCAAGUUCUCGCUGGAACCUGUUGUUGACCCCGACACUGCCCGGAUUUGUGGUGGCGACAGAGAAGUGAAAUUCACGUCCUUGGCGCUUGGGUCACUGCGCUACAUCGCUCCGGAAUGGAUGCGUGAGAGCAUCACGUUUAGCAUCAGCCAGGCUCCAGUUUUCUUCCGGAGGAUACAAACAGUGACAAGAGGAAGGUCCUGACGAAAACGAAAACGAAAAAGUUACAAAAAGAAAGACAAAAGAGAAUUUACUUCUUUCACGGUUCUACACCGUUGUAAACUUACAAACUUUCCAUCGCUUCGAGUUGAUUUCCAAUUCAUUCUAUCGCAAGCAUGGAAGUGUAGUGUUCUGGAUAUGAUGUUUGCAACCUGUAUCAAAACAAGUUAUCAAAAUUGUAAACAUAGAUUCAUUCGUA